UUGCGGCGGAGGCGGCUGAGAGGGGGGCGGGGACGCGCGGGCGGCCGCCACGAGCGACGAGCUUCGGGGAAAAGGAACGGGGAGCGCACGCCCCGCGUGCCUCGGCCCGGUUCGCCGCCCCCCCCCCGACCCCUUCCGGGACCCCCCGCGCAGGGUCCUCCCGCGCGGUCGUCGCCUCCUGCGGGCGCCCGACUUCACCGCAGACCGCCCUUCCGGGUUGGCGCGCGGCCGGAGCGGGGCGGGCCGGCAGGAGGUCCGGGCAACGCCGGGGUCCGCCCUGGGCCGCGCGCGCUUCCCCGCCCGCCGGAGCGCGGCGGCCACCUGUGCGCAGGGCCCCGAGCCGCGCCGCCCCGCCGCGCGCAUCUGUGCCCCGCGCGGCCGUCGCUGAGGAGGCCGCGCGCCCCCGCCAUGAAGCCCACCUUCUCCCUGCGACUGCGGGUCUUUAACCUCAACUGCUGGGGCAUCCCCUACCUGAGCAGGCACAGGGCCGACCGCGUGAAGCGCCUGGGAGACUUUCUGAACAUGGAGAGCUUUGAUCUCGCUCUGCUGGAGGAGGUGUGGAGUGAGCAGGACUUCCAGUACCUGAGGCACAAACUGCUGCCCACCUACCCAGCAGCGCACUACUUCAGGAGCGGCAUCAUUGGCAGUGGCCUCUGUGUCUUCUCCAAACACCCAAUCCAGGAAUUCACGCAACAUGUCUUCACCCUCAAUGGCUACCCCUACAUGAUCCAUCAUGGUGACUGGUUCUGUGGGAAGGCUGUCGGGCUGCUGGUGCUCCAUCUAAGUGGAUUGGUGCUCAAUGCCUACGUGACCCAUCUCCAUGCCGAGUACAAUCGACAGAAGGACAUCUACCUAUCACAUCGUGUGGCCCAAGCUUGGGAACUGGCCCAGUUCAUCCACCACACAUCCAAGAAGGCUGACGUGGUUCUAUUGUGUGGGGACCUCAACUUGCACCCAAAAGACCUGGGCUUCCGCCUGCUGAAGGAGUGUACGGGACUGCAUGAUGCCUAUCUGGAGACCCGGGACUUCAAGGGCCCUGAAGAAGGCUGUACGAUGGUACCCGAGAACUGCUAUGUCAGCCAGCAGGAGCUGGAGCAGUUUCCCUUGGGCAUCCGCAUCGACUACGUGCUUUAUAAGGUGGUGUCUGGACUACACAUCUCCUGUAAGACUCUCAGAACUACUACAGGCCGUGACCCUCACAGCGGCACCCCACUCUCUGAUCAUGAGGCCCUGAUGGCUACUCUGUGUGUGAGACACAGCCCCCCCCAGCAAAACCCCAGCCCCACCCAUGGACCAACAGAGAGGUCACCGUUGAUCAGUGUGCUAAGGGAGGCCUGGACAGAACUGGACCAGGGCAUGGCUCAAGCUCGCUGGUGGGCCACUAUUGCUGGCUAUGUGAUUGGUCUAGGGCUUCUUCUCCUGGCGUUGCUGUGUGUCCUGGCGGCUGGAGGAGGGGUCAGGGAAGUUGCUAUACUGCUCUGGACCCCCAAUGUAGGACUGGUGCUGGGGGUGGGUGCAUUCUAUCUCUUCCACAUGCAGGAGGCCAAGGGCUUGUGUAGGGCCCGCGCUGAGCUCCAGCAUGUGCUGGGAAGGGCACGGGAGGCCCAGAACCUGGGCCCAGAGUCCCAGCCAGCCCUGUUUCUGGGGCAGCAGGAGGGGGACAGAGCUGAGGAACAAUAAAGCGUGACACUUUUGUG